AUGGCAGGGUGGUGGGGUGGUGACACGUCACAUUCGCUGAGUCAGCUUCUUCCAGCAUUGUCCUAUAGUACAAAAUUACAGGGCUAUGAAGAACUGGAAAGACAGCUGAAAGAAGUCUUUAAGGAAAGGAGCAAUAUCCUUCGUCAACUGUCGAAGACUUCAAAAGAACUUGAGGGAAUUAAAGUAAACCUCCAGUCUUUGAAAAAUGAUGAAGCAUCAGCUAAAAAUGAUGUGCAGAAACUUCUGGAACUGGGCCAAAAGCAAAGAGAAGAAAUGAAAUCUCUCCAGGAGACUUUUCAAAAGCAGCUUAAUGAGGCAGCUGAGAAAGCAGAAAAGCAGCAGGCUACGAUUAACUUCUUGAAGACUGAAAUGGAAAGGAAGAGCAAAAUGAUCCGUGACCUGCAAAAUGAGAACAAAAGCCUCAAAAACAAGCUCUUGUCAGGAAACAAGCUUUGUGGUAUUCAUGCAGAAGAGUCAAAAAAGAUCCAAGCCCAGCUGAAAGAGCUUCGAUAUGGGAAAAAGGAUUUGAUCUUUAAGGCACAACAGCUAACAGAUCUGGAGCAAAAACUAGCAGUUGCAAAGGAUGAAUUGGAAAAGGCAGCCCUUGACAAAGAGUCACAGCUGAAAGCUCUGAAGGAGACCGUGCAGCUUUGCCUCUCUUCCGUGCUGCACAGUCGGCCUCCUGCUCCCAACCUAAUCCCUUCAAAACCAGCUGAGAAGCUGACACCUCCAGCUACAAAGGGCUCAAAAGUUCCAUUUCAAGUGACAAGCACCAAGCAAAAUGCCUCAGCAGCGAAGGAGAAUCUUCAUGUGACCUCGAGAAAGGAAGAAAAUCAGAGUAUCCAGGAGUGUGAUUCUCAAGAUGCUGGGAAGACAUGUGUGGGGAAUCGCAGUAAUUCAACAUCUCCUUUGAAGACAGCAGUAUCAGAGACAAGCUUUCAGAAGUUGCAAACCCCUCCGUGGACUAAACCUGAAGAUAAAAAAUCACCUGAAAGAAACGAGAAAAAAAUUGAUGCGUCUGUUAGUAAAAAUGAAAAAAAACUCUAA